AUGAUCCGCAAUCAAAAAAGCUUUCUUGACAUUUUCAACAAGUACCAGUGUGAGGUGAAGAGUCUGCAAGAAACAGUGGAAACAAAGUUCAAACAAAUUAACAUUUUUGAAGAGAAACUGUUAAAACUGGCACAGGAAUUAAACACCUCCAGUAAUGCUUACUUGGAAAAAGUCAACACUCGUCAACAAAAUGUAAUUAAAUUUGAAUCAUCACUAAAUCACAAAGACUCAUAUCAGUCAAACGAUGAGUUUGAAGAAUUUGAGCAAAAUUCCUCAUUGUUCAGUCCUCUAAGUAGCGGAUUUAUGGAGCCCAUCAUUGACAUCCAUACCAGCGACGAAAACGAAGAGUGUGAUGAUCACUUGGCAAGUGAUCAUGAAACCAACAACAAUGAAAGCGAGUCUGCUGAUCAGAGUGUGAAUUUCCGAUAUGAAAAAAACUUCCGAAAAGCAACUUAUCCGGUUACUUCGAAAACCGAGUUUGUGCAGCUUGUUGAAAAGUUCAAGCAAAACAACAAUUUGGAACUGGAGAAACGACAGAUUAAGCAUAACAAUCUUGCAUCCCGAACCAGCUGGAACGUCAAUUAUGACUUUAUUGUAGUGGGCGCUGGUGGUGCUGGCGCCAUUGUCGCCUCUCGACUUUCAGAGAAUGCAUCAGUGAAUGUGCUGCUGUUGGAAGCCGGUGGCGCUCUCACGGACAUCACCGACAUCCCCAGCAAUUACUAUGAGUUUGUUGGCAAUCCAGAGGUCGAUUGGAACUUCCCAAUGGUUAGCCAGCCAAACUUGGGUCAGGCCUUCUCAAUGCCGGUUCGCAUGUCUGUGGGUAAAAUCCUAGGCGGAUCUACCACCAUCAGUGGAAUGGUCUACAACCGAGGCAAUCGUCGCAAUUUUGAUGAUUGGGAAAACGUUUAUGGCUGUCGAGGAUGGAGUUACAACAACAUACUGCCGUAUUUCCUCCGCUCUGAAAAUGAAACCGAUUCAACUUAUCUCGCCAAUGGAUAUCACAAUACAUCAGGACCAAUCACCGUUACUAGUAACUGGAAUAACUUGGAAAACGAGCUGCCGAUUUUUAAAGAUUACAUACAGACAGCUCAAAUGGCAGGCUACAGAAUAAUCGAUCCCAAUGGUCCAUCUCAAAAUGGAGUGACUCUCUUUCAGCACACCAUAAAGCAAGAUGGCUCCAAAGUGACAUCUGCAUCGGCAUUUCUCAGUCCAAACAGCAAUCGAACAAACUUGCACAUUGUCACCAAAGCUUUUGUCACUCGAAUUCUUUUCAAUGGCAAUACUGCAGUCGGAGUGACCUUCAACCGAGCUGGAAUGAACUACACAGUGAGAGCCUCUCGGGAGGUCAUUCUUUCCGCCGGCACCAUUGGAUCAGCACAAUUGCUUUUGCUUUCCGGCGUUGGUCCCCAAGCUCAAUUGUCCAACUUUGGCAUCCCAUUGGUGGCCAAUUUACCUGUUGGCAAUAAUUUGCACGACCACAGUAACACCAUUCUUUACUUUGAUGUUGCCAAUCAAUCACGCUCCUAUGAUCGAGUCGAUCUGACUGUGCAAAAUCUGUACAACUAUUACGUCAACGGUCGUGGUCCCCUGACGAUGUUCCCCAAUGCAGCCACCUACCUGGUGACCAGUCAGAAUAAUGACAACAGCUUUCCCGACAUAAUGACGGAGAUGGUGCGAAGCAAUAAUCGCUGGAAUAACAUUAGCAGCAUUUACACCAUGUACGGCGUCAAUCAGCAAGAGUGGGCCAACUACUGGGGGCCCUAUUCAGGUCGACGGCUAAUGAGCUUUGAUGUGCAGCACGUACGGCCACGAGCCCGAGGCACACUGCGACUGGCGUCGACGAAUCCUUAUGACGCACCACUGAUCGACCCAAAUUACUUAGGCAAUGCACAGGACAUGGACGCACUGGUGGAGGGCAUCAGAACGGUGCUCACUCGAAUCACCAACGUGGGCCCCUUUUCAAUGACCGCCAAGUUUUUACCUCCUGUACCUGGUUGCACACCUUGCUACACUGGGGAGCAGUAUUGUGACCAGUACAUUCGCUGCUUCAUUAGACAAACAUCAGUGGCAGUGUUUCGGCAAGCUGGAACUUGUCGUUGUGGGGCAAUGUCCGACUCGAAUGCCGUCGUCAGUGAGCGUUUGCGCGUGCUGAACGUCAACAAUUUGCGUGUCAUUGACGGCUCUAUAAUGCCUCAAGUGAUAAACGCCAAUUCGUGGAUAGCAACGGCAAUGAUUGCAGAGUAUGGUGCUCAGAUGGUGCGAGAUGAUAACCGAAUUUAG